UUAAUUUCUAGUAGAUAUAUAUGAUUUCUAUAGGUUUCUCAUGUUGUUUUGGAGAGCUGGGAAAUGGGCAAAAUGAUCCCACACAUUUGGAAGACUCAUUUCUUGAAUCUAAUCCUAAACCUUACCAGGGUCUUACUCUGAAGCACACGUUGAUCUUGGUCCCCCUGCCUCAGUGUUGCAGAUGCUGGGUCUACAGACUUGCCACCCUGCCUGGCUUAGUUUGCGGGACUUUGGAGGCACGGAUACUCGUUUUUCCACUCUUAUUCUCUUCAUAGAGAGAACCACCAACUUUUGAGUCUAGUAAAGUAUACUGUGAGAAUGUCACAGCUAGGAAAUAUUUCCAAAAGCUGAGGCUUUUGCUUCCCUUCAGCUGUCAUCGACCACAGCGGUUCCAGGAGAACUGGGUGACUACAUCAGUCAAGCACGGUCCUGUACCGUCUGUUUUCAGAGGAUGUCGGACCAUCUCAUUUCACGUCAAAUAUUUUGAUAAUAUCCUUACUUUUGGGACGAUUGAUACACAUACCCUAGUUCCCCUUCACCUCGAAUACACGCUGUAGUGAUUCAUCAUCACUGUCACUGCAGUCAUUUAAUAAGCAUCCAAUUCUGGAUGAUGUAAUGGCUACAUUAAAAGGAACAAGAACGAUGAGGCAGAGCCCAAUAAAGAUUUAUUUAUUUGACCCUGUACGCUUGCCUAUGUCUCCCUGAACUUCAUAUGAGAAUCUAUUGUGAAGGUUCAAUUUAGACACUCUAUAGAGAUAGAGCUUCUGGAUUACAGUCAGAGGAUCAAGCCUGGUCAUGCAGAAUUCCAUGAAAAUAUAAUUGUUUCCCCAAAGUCCGUAGCCAAUUUGAAGCAGAAGAGAGCAAUAAGAGCCUUCUUAAGAGCCCAAGAAUUGCUGAUCAGGGAAACCAGGUAGGAUUCUGGUAGCAAACCGUGUCCCUGAGGUAAAUCCGGAUGGCCAUUUCAUUGUCUCCGCGAUGACGUCACUUCCGGUACCACCUGCGUGGUCCCCGGGAGUUGUAAACAAGGUGUGCAGGUGUCGGAGGAGCUGUCGGGAUGCAGCAGCCAAGAGGAGCAGCAGGAGGCCGUGGCUGCGCUCUCUUUCCACUGCUGAGCAUUUUGUUUGUCCAAGGUGUGCCUACCGUCCUUUCUUUGGAGAUCAGUGCCGAUGCCCACGUCCGAGGAUAUGUUGGAGAAAAUAUCAAGUUGAAAUGCACCUUCAAGUCAUCUUCCGAUGUCACUGACAAACUGACCAUAGACUGGACGUACCGCCCCCCCAGCAGCAGUCGCACAGAAUCCAUCUUUCACUAUCAGUCUUUCCAGUACCCAACUACAGCGGGCACAUUCCGAGACCGGAUUUCCUGGGUUGGAAAUGUGUACAAAGGGGAUGCAUCCAUCAGCAUCAGCAAACCCACUCUAAAGGACAAUGGGACGUUCAGCUGUGCUGUGAAGAACCCUCCAGACGUGUACCACAAUAUCCCCCUGACAGAGCUCACGGUCACAGAAAGGGGUUUCGGCACCAUGCUUUCCUCUGUGGCCCUUCUCUCCAUCCUCGUCUUCAUCCCCUCGGCCGUGGUGGUCAUCCUGCUGCUGGUGAGGAUGGGAAGGAAAGCGGCGGGGGUGAAGAAGAGGAGCAGGUCUGGCUAUAAGAAGUCUUCCAUUGAAGUUUCCGACGACACUGACCAGGAGGACAACAAUGACUGCAUGACAAGGCUUUGUGUCCGCUGUGCCGAGUGUCUGGAUUCAGACUAUGAAGACACGUACUGAUGAAGUGUGUGUGUGAUGGAAGCAGUGUUACCUAACCACAGGAAACAUCCCAUUCCUCUGGCCAGGAGUGCCACUGGCGGGGAAGCAGUGACAGAAGAUUCCGAAGGUCAUCGGUGAAGACGUUAAGGACCAUUUAUUUAUUGAAGAAGUGUUUGCUUUGUAUUUAUAAACUGUUCAGAAACUUCCAGAAGGGACUCAUGCCUUCCCUUCUUAACACACUCUGACUGAACAAAGAAGUUCUCGUCUUGAACAGAAACACACCCCUUGGUUUCCCUUUGCUCUUGAACGUAGCUCGUGUUUUCUUCCAGUUGCCUGAAGGGGAACACUAAAUGCCUGUCACUCUGCUGAUGCCAAGAUUGUACUUUUUAAUGAUGUGGAGCUUGUAGCUUCCUGAUGAUGUGCCAAUGAACAACACACCUGUUUGGGAUGGGUAACCUUUGCUUCUUCACGCAUGUUUUCUGUUGGGAGAACUCAGUAUGCCCUACAUGGUUUAAUGGUCGUCGUCAGUUGUGUUUGGGUGACUUGGGGUAUUUGGCCCCGAUUUCUUUAGACUCAGUAGGCUCACAAGUUGUAGGCUUGCUUUGACGGGGCCUUUUAAAUAUUAAAGUGUUAUUGUCAAUUUACAGUUAAGGAAGCAAGUUUUGAGGUAGAAGAGUCUUCCUCAUUUUUCUUGCUAGGUACACUUUGGGCCGAAGAGUCUGCUCUUUUGCGUUCCUGCAGCUGACUAAUUUGUGGUUUCCUCCGUGGUUUUUCAAGUCAGAGGCCAGAAAUGCCUCUUACGAAGAAGGUUUCUAGGGGCGACUUCUGAAAGACGUUUUGUAGUCCUUUGCUGUAAGUCUUACCACUUUUCUUGUGUUGUUGUUCAGAACCUUUGCUAGUUCUGAGCUGCACCAGUGGUGGGCAUGCAGUUCUAUCUGCAAGCUGCUUUCCUCAGCCCCGGAGAUGAGGAAGUGAGGUUGCACAGGACAUCUCCCUUCUCUUGCAACCCACUCCUCUACUCUCCUUGUAGCAACUUAUGUAAAAUUUUAAUUUAUAAUGGGUUUUCUAUAAACCAUUAAGACGUACCUGAUGUAUCAGGAAGGACUGAGAGCGUGUGUGCAAACAUCCCUCUCUAUAGAGUAACAGGGCUCACUUCGAUUGUGAGAGUCGCAAGUGACCCUUCCCCCAGCCCUGGUUGUUUCAACAUGGUGAUCUUCUUCAUGGUUCUUCCUAAAGUGGCUUGGGAGGGCUCCAUAUUAGUGUUAUAUGUUAUGUAUCUUAUAAAAGCCAUUCUACUUA